AUUACUAGAUUAUAUUCCUAGACAUAGACAUAUUUUGUAUGCACUAUGGACCGUCUGCUUUAAUUUCCCGGAUCCGGGUGUAUAUACAGAAAAAAGAGUGCUUAUGCUCAAGUAUCAAUAUUUUAUCAAAGUUGAAUGAAAGAGAAGAAACGGUGGACCAUUUUGCAUAGAGCUUAACAUAAUUUGACACUGUAUUGCAAAAACUGAAAUUUUUCAGUGUAAAAAUUCGAACAAUCAUUGCCUGUGGAAGUAUGUAAAUUGGUUGUUUGUAGCCUUAGUCCGUCUUGACCUCAGGGUCAUAUAUUACUACUCAAUUGUGUGAGACAACGCAUUGGUCAACCCUAUGUUUUCUUGUGAAGAAAUUUUGUGUCUUGGAUUAUUCUACUGCAGCCAGUUACUUUUUUUCAAUUGGGAUUGUUUUAAAGUGAAAAGCCAGAGGAUAUGUAGUGUGGUGUACGUUCUUCCAACUGUAAACAGAGAUUGACUGCCGGAUACACGUGUGAUGCAGAGGAAGAUCAAGUGUUUAAUGACAUGAUUGUUGACAAACAAAUGGAGAAACGCUGUUGAGCAAAAACGAGAUAGCGAAAGCUUUGCUACAUCUGAUGCACGUUAUCACACGAUUGAUCGUAGCCUAUAUUGUUUGGGCGUAGCAAAAAUGGAAUCAAGUAAAACUGAUGAAAAUGAUGAAACAAAUGUGGAAGAUUCUUCAAAUACAGAUAUGUCAAAAGAGCACAAGGAUUUUGAAGAUGGUGGUGAUAUAAGUGCUUUGGCAAAGAAAGUAGAACAAAUGAAUUCGAACAGAGACGGUGGUUAUGGCUGGGUAAUUGUGUUGGCCUUCUUUUUCAUUGAAGUGCUAGUGGACGGUUGCAGAUUCUCCUACGGCAUCUAUUUCGUGGAAUUUCUGAGCGAGUUCAGAACUGGAAAAGGCGAAACAGCAAUGGUAGGAUCACUGAUGGUUGGCACCUAUAAUUUAGCAGGACCGAUUUUUGCAUUUAUUGUCAACAAGUUUGGAUUCCGCAAAAGUGCAUUCAUUGGUGGAUUGAUCGCAACGAUUGGAUACGCUGCAAGUUUCUUCGCACCAAGCGUCUACUUUCUGUACUUCUCCUACGGCGUUUGCACGGGUUUUGGUUUCGGUCUAGUUUACUUAUCCGGAACUGUGGCGAUAGGUCGCUACUUCUUUCGAAAACGAGCAAUGGCCAUGGGGAUUGGCCUCUGUGGUGCUGGAGUAGGCACAUUUGUGUUUGUACCACUUGUUAGGUACUUGCUGGAUACAUACGCAUGGAGAGGGUCAAUGCUUAUGAUGUCCGGAAUGGCCCUUAAUUGCUGUGUAUGUGCAAUGCUCCUAGUUCCAAGGCAAAAUGAAGGGGAAUUUGACGAUAUUAGCAUUGAUUUGGAGUUAGUAAGGGUUUCAGACACCGAUAAUGAUACCGGCAGUAUAAUAAGUGGUCAUAAAGCUAAAAAUGGAUCAAUAUGCAACGUCGAAAUAAACGGCAAAGCACCACAUUUAACAUUUAUGAUGAACAAAAGGCUGUCAGGCCGGGAUGUAAAAGGCAGUCCACUUCCAACAAGAACAUUUGCGGAGCUUCGCAUGGAGCAAUUGAAUGCAUACAAGCAUACACCUCAUGGAUCAUAUAUAAGCAUCAAUCCCGGCUUUAUUGUUCAGAGUUCACACCGUAGCCUUGCUCAAGGGUCUUUCAGAAGUAUUAAUAUGCCAAUUCUAAGCCAAAGCAUACUAGGAAGUAAUGCAUCGUUUGAAUACAUAUUCGAAAAGCGCACGCGCAGUCGGACAUCCAGUUUAAAUGUUUCGCAUCCAUUGACACAACAGCACAGCCUUUUUCUAAGCCAUAACGAGAAUGGAACAGAAAAUGGCACAAAUGACAAUGAUAAAUUCACCUACCCAAUUAUUGAAGCCAUGUUUCCAAAGGUUCUUAUGAAAAACCUCAAUUUUAUGAUUAUGAUGGCAGUCUGUUUAGUCGCUGGCACAGGGUCGUUUGUUCCGUUCAGUAUGCUGCCAGACUUUGCCCUGUCCGUAGGCAGUACCCCCGCUCAAAGUGCAUGGCCUCUCUCCGUCAUUGGAAUAGGAGGUGUGUUAGGGAGAGUGGCAGGAGGAUGGUUGUGCGAUAUGAACUGUGUCCACACUCUUACACUCCUAGGUGUCUGUUUUCUUGUGAUCGGAGUAACAACAACAAUAGUGGCAUUUAUGACCUCGUUCGUACCUCUAGUCAUUUAUGCAGCUUUCUACGGCAUAUUCUUCGGAGCCGUGUACACUGUUCAGCCAAUUGUUUUCUUUGAAUAUUUCGGAGAAGAGUAUAUCGCCGAGCUCCUGGGCUCAUGCAUGCUAUGGUACGGAGUUGCCUCUUUUAUUGGCGCUCCGAUGGCAGGUUGGAUUUUCGACGUGACAGGCUCCUAUCAAAGUAGUUUCUUAGCAACUGGAGUUAUCUUUCUUGUUGCUGGGAUUAUAAACUUCUUCGUUCUGUGUACAGGACCCUGUCAGCGUGUUAACAAGGAUGAAUCAGCCGAAGACAAUACUGAGAAGGACUGAAACGCUUGAAUGAAUGUUGCUUGGAACUGGCGGUGUUGAAGAUGGUUCAAAGGUGUAAUAUGGACUCAAAUCGAUUUUAUAUGUGGAACGUUAAAAAUGACAAGUUUGCAUUUUAGGUACGCAGAGUCUCAAACUCGCAUUCAAAUUCGUUUAAUAUGAUUGUUAGACAGGAUUUUGGUAUAAAAAGAACGUUUUCGGUACUCACGAUGAGGGAGAAGCACAUCCUAUGUUAUUGAUUCAGGUCAAGUUAAUGUGAUAAUAUAUUUAAUAAUUGCGUCUUUCCUUAGUGAUGACAAUUGUGCCAAAAGGAAUAUUUUAAAAUGAUUUUAUCGUAAGCGAAAACAUGCAGAGAUACAAUUGACAGCAUCGGAAAUCGAAUAUAUCCGACCGCUUUGCGAAUGCGCUAUUACCAUGUGUAGUGCGAAAUAUUCUAAAUAUGUAACAUAUAUGCGUGGAAAUUAUUACUUUUGUGUUACACAGCUGUAUUAACAACAUUAAGAUAAUAUACAACGUGCAUGUACGACAUAUACAAGCUAAGCAUGAAUCAGUGUCAUAUGAUACAGGUAGGCGUGUUACAACUGAAUGAAAUUUUUUAUCAUGUUUCUACAUGUAUAUAUGUCAUUGAAAAUUUAGCCGAAUCGUUUAAGAGUAAACACAAACAAAAAAGGUCUACACUUGAUUUUUGUUAUUUGUCAUGUCAGGAUCAAAUGUUUACAUCAGUUUUGGAGGAUUACCGACAAGGAGAGUCAUUGCAGACACAACUGUGAAAACAAGGUGCAAAUUAUGACACAACACAUAUGUUCUAGUAGAUUUGUCUUCACACAGUUACCGCCCCAAUAGCUCCGUGAUAGAGCAUUCGCUUCGGAAGAUAGGAAACAACACUCUGUUCUCUUGUAUCUCGUUAUGCAUAUGUAUGUCUUCCAAUGUCUGGAUUUGACUGUGAAUUGUUUUCACUUCUAUCUCAUGCCACGUAUGGCCUUCAUACACAAUUUAAGUCGUUAUGGCGUCAUGGCGGGGUCAAGCCGUAAUGCAGCCAAUGGGCGCGGGCAGACCUUGAUAAACUCAAACAAACUAUUUGUAUCUCAACAUGCCCAAUUGAUUAAAAUACGAGUAUGUUACAAACAUAGUUGCCAACUGUACAUAUUAUUGUUUAUUGAUUAAAGUGA